GAUUCAAAUGUUUGUUAUCUUUUGGGAGUUUAAACGGGCGUUUAACUUCGACAGAAACUGCCCUUCAGGAAAGCAGCAGGCGAUUCAGCACCGCUCCGGUGGACAGCGACUUCUCAGGCUUUGGGAUUCCAGCCUGAAUAGAAUGAAACAGCUCGGAGAACCACUGGUAACAUUGCCUGUCCCAUGGCCAACAUCAUAGGGUAGUCUACGCAAAUAACAACAUGGAUAAACCCUCCGCAGGAAUGAGUAAAGUUGGCUCUCGCUCGACAGCCUCUCUGCCCCCGGAGCCUGUGGAUAUAAUCCGGAGUAUGUCGUGCUACCGGCGUGUCAAACUGAACGUAGGGGGUCUGCCGCACGAGGUCCUGUGGAGAACCCUGGACCGACUGCCGCGCACACGACUGGGCAAGUUACGAGACUGCAAAACCCACGAAUCACUCAUGGAAAUAUGCGACGACUACAACCUAGACGACAACGAGUACUUUUUUGACCGGCACCCUGGGGCGUUCACAUCUAUUCUGAACUUCUACCGUACUGGGAAGUUGCACAUGAUGGAGGAAAUGUGUGCCCUGUCCUUCAGCCAGGAGCUGGACUACUGGGGGGUGGAUGAGAUCUACCUGGAGUCGUGUUGCCAGGCGCGGUACCACCAAAAGAAAGAGCAGAUGAACGAGGAGCUCAAGCGGGAAGCGGAUACUCUGAAGGACCGGGAUGGCGAAGAGUUUGAUAAUACGUGUUGUUCAGAGAAAAGGAAGAAACUAUGGGACCUACUAGAGAAACCAGGCUCGUCUGUAGCAGCCAAGAUCUUGGCCAUCAUUUCUAUCCUAUUCAUUGUGCUCUCCACUAUCGCUUUGUCUCUUAACACCCUCCCGGAGCUGCAAGACACAGACGAAUUUGGUCAGACAACUGAUAAUCCCCAGCUGGCCCAUGUGGAGGCAGUGUGCAUCGCAUGGUUCACCAUGGAAUAUCUUCUUCGCUUCCUUUCCUCACCUAACAAAUGGAAAUUCUUUAAAGGUCCCCUCAAUGUCAUUGACUUGCUGGCCAUCCUACCAUAUUAUGUCACCAUAUUCUUGACAGAGUCCAACAAGAGUGUGCUGCAAUUCCAGAACGUACGGCGGGUGGUGCAAAUCUUUCGAAUCAUGCGGAUUUUGCGCAUCCUCAAAUUGGCACGUCAUUCCACUGGGUUACAGUCACUGGGCUUUACACUGCGUCGGAGUUACAAUGAGCUGGGCCUGCUUAUCCUCUUCUUAGCUAUGGGGAUCAUGAUCUUUUCCAGUCUGGUUUUCUUUGCGGAGAAGGACGAGGAUGACACCAAGUUCAAGAGCAUCCCUGCCUCCUUUUGGUGGGCCACUAUUACCAUGACCACUGUGGGAUAUGGAGACAUUUACCCUAAGACACUUUUGGGUAAGAUUGUUGGUGGGCUUUGCUGCAUAGCAGGCGUUUUAGUCAUUGCCCUACCAAUUCCCAUCAUUGUCAACAACUUUUCUGAAUUCUACAAGGAACAGAAACGGCAAGAGAAGGCCAUCAAGAGACGUGAGGCUCUAGAGAGAGCCAAACGCAAUGGCAGCAUAGUGUCCAUGAAUGUUAGAGAGGCGUUUUCCCGUGGUGCAGAGCUUCUGGAUGUGGUGGUCAUGGACAAGGGUGAGAGAACCCAGGACAACCAUCUCUCACCCAGUCGAUGGAAAUGGUCAUCAAAGAGGGCAACUUCAGAGACCAGUUCCAAUCGUUCCUUCAACCCAGAGCAAGGUUCACCGAGCAAGGCGAGAGCUUCUAGUCCACAGAGGCUUAAUGCACAGAAACUAGAAGAGAUGUACAACCAGAUGGCAAAGACUCAGUCACAGCCCAACCUGAACACCAAAGACAGAAGUACAUCUCGAGCUGGCCAUAGAAGGGAUGAAAUUGAGCUGGGAGCCUUGCCAGGUCAAGGAGGUGACCCACUGAAUGGGGGCCGUGAAGGGGUGGUAGACAUGAAAAGUCUGUCAAGCAUUGACAGUUAUAUCAGCUGUGCAACAGACUUCCAAGAGAACCCGCGAUUCCCCUACAGUCCGGCAGGGGGUCUGUCACUCCCAGAGAGCUCUCGGUUCUCCCACAGUCCUGGAUCUGGCCUCUCUGGUCGAGUCAGUGCUAAUCCAAGCCUGCAGACAACACUGGAGCAUGAGACCAUGCUCACGCCACCUUGUUCUGGUGCUAAACCUCUCAACACCGAUGGUUCACGGCAACAAGGUCUGCUUAUAAACUCUCAGAAAAUCUAUGCGGUUAGAGUGAAUCAUCGCAAUUGUGGGGAGACCAGUCCAUCUGGUGGUCCUCUGUCUGACAGCUCUAUUCUUUCUGACCACUCCAUCCUAAGCCCAGAGGUGUCAGUCUACACAACAGCCAGCAGCAGGACUCCACCUAAGACACCAGAGAAGAAGGCAAUCACCCCUGCAGUCUUCACUUUCCACGACGCGUCCAUCAGCAAGUACAUCGAUGCCGACACAGAUGACGAGGAACAUUUGCGUGAGAGUGGCCCAUCAGAGCGCCUGCUUGGUGGCCUCAGCUCCAAGCCUCGACUCGGUGGUUACCAGGGGACCACCAACCACUUGGAAGCUGCCCAAAGGCUGCUAGGUCAGAACUGCCUAUUCCCACUGGGAAGUAGCCCAAGUGUUGGCCAUGAGAACCAUGUGGCUUCAGAGAACUCACGGAGGCCCAAAGGGGACAGGGGACAUUCCAACGCUUUUGAUAAGGGCCUCUGAGGCCUCAGGGUCAGACUCCAGAAGGGAAAGAAGGCCAAGUUCAGUCAACUACUUUAGAGAAAGCAGAGACUAAUGUACAUUGGAGAAUCAUUUUACAGGCAUCUGACCAGGGGGCCUAUCCUGGUGACUUUACGCGGGAGAGUUCACUGGAAAACAGUGGUCAUGUUACAUCAUUAAGGGACAGGAUCUUGAGGAUGUAUCACUGCCUACACCUCUUGCCCUUUAUCCUCUUCUGUAAACAAGCCUGCAUUGGCGCAUCGCAGGGGUAAGAUAAAGCCAGAGCAGAUCUGGCCUACGGUUGUUUGUGAAAAGAACAGGAUUUAUGCUAAAGCUUAUUUAGCUUAAGGCUGGAAACUUACCAGACAUUUAAGCGCAGGUGUGUAUGGUAAAUCAAGGGGGACAGUCCGUCACUGCCCACGUCAGCUAGCCACUGUCCAGAGCCCACCUUAAAGAAUAGCAUUAGAGACAUGUUAUACCCUGUUUACUAGUGCACCCCUCCCCUGUCCCCUAAUAAACUGGCCUUACUUAA